UUUCAGAUGCACGCGUCUCUCCAUCACCUUCUUUUUCCACCUUGAUUCAUUUUCCACUUUGCUUUGUUGAGUCUCGUUUCCUUGCCCCUUCCAUCCUUCAUCGAUAAGCUACCCUCUUUCCGGGUCUGCAUCCACUCUGUGCGCAGGUCGCCAAUCACCAGUCGCCAGUCGCCUGUUUCCUCUCAUCUGCCAACAUCUCUUUGAUCGCGCUUGCCUAAAUUGAAGUGAAGGUCUGUGCGCAGUGACUUCCAUCCAUCCAUCUCCUUGGUGACUUCUGCGACAAUUAUUUGAUUCCUAUCAGGACAAAUAAAGCAGCUUUCCAAAAGGAAAUUGAGCAGCCCAAAUCGAAGUGGGAGAUCCAAGGAUCAGCAGCGGCCAAGAACAAAGGACUUUUUAUAUUCACAAUUGUCCCUGUACUUGUUUGAUUGUUUCGUCUGGUGACAAUCAUCUUUGCCAUCCAUCUUCGACUUCCGACGAGACCUUUCCGAGCACUGGUAUACAUCUUCGACUCCUGUGGCUUUAUCUCGCACUUCCCUUCAACUCGCAGACAGUUCUUUAACAUUCAAGUACCUUAUAACACAGGCCUGCGGUCUGUCAGCGCACCAGCCUUCACCAUCCACAUCUAGAUCACCUCGCAAUUUUGUCUCCAUCCCUUUCCAAGGUCACACUCUAGCUGCCAUUCACCGGCCGUGUCAUUCCGGACCAUUCUUUCGAAACUUUUAUCCAUUCUAUCUAGCAGAUAGCCAACAGAAGUUGUUUCCGCAAUAACAAACCAAAUAUACACUGUUUAUUUUCCCUCCUUUCAUCCGGCAUACUCCUGUCUACCAUCUACUAUCCUUCAAGUAAUUCGUCUACUGCCUGUCUAUCUACACCUUUCGACUCAACUCAUCAAACUAUUACAUACUCAUGUCUCUGCUUACCCCUAGCAGGCCUCAAGACUCUGAGCGUACCUCAGUCGUUCUCUCCUCUGUUACGUGCUCAACAUGUGCAGCACACAUUGCUUUUUCGUCUCUUGGCGACCAUGUUUGUGAGAGCCUUCCGGUUCCAGGAGCUCCUUCUCGUCCCGCCCAAUUAUCCACCCUUCAAUCAUCUUCAUCACAGUCGCAAUAUAGACCGUCGAGGCAGGGACCACCGCCAGUUUCUAUACGACCCCCAUUCGCUGGCCCUUCUAGCGCACAUCCUUCGCCUACAGAACUUGCGCCUCCCCGUCGACCGUCAUCCCACAGUCUUACCCCGCCUAGCCGCUCCCCAAAUAAUUACACAUUAGGCUUUUCUCCACAGCUGAAAACAAAUUCUCCUACCAACCCCUUCUUUCCUAACUCCGCGGGAUCGUACAGUUCGAGUGCGUCGAUGGAAAGCAUGCAAAUGCCAGAUACUACUAGUGGAGGGGAGUCUGGGAUGGCAGGUGUAGGAAGAAGAGCUUUUGCCGCGGCUGCUUGGGGCGUACGUGCAGGCGUUGCGUUAGCCGCCUCUGCCAGGCAGCAAGCAGCGCUUCAACAAGCAGCUGCCUCUUCUCAACCGCCUUCUCAGCCUGCCUCCUUGCAGAAGCCACCACAGAAUCGACCAGAGUUACACCACUCGCACACCGCUCCUCUUCAACCCUCUCCUCCAACUCGUUCUCUCACCCCAAAUUCGUCUCCUCAAAGAUCACAAUCUGCGAUGAGUCAGCGUUCUGCCUCUGACACCCAGUCUAUUCGUAAACAAUCUACAUCUUCUACAUCCAGUAGCAGAAUGGGAGAUAGUCUAGCAGAAAUGCUGACCGGCUCCGUUAAGCCCAGCACUAAGCGGAAUUUCUUCGAAAAGAUCAAGGAGCUAGACCGAAGCAACAGUCUGAUGAGCCGUAGUACAAACAGCACGGCCAAUUCGGGUGACAGAAAAUUGGUGUCUAGCCCCAUUGGUACGACAUUUGAAUUGGAUGAUGAUUAUGAAGAUCAGCCGUCGGCUCUACCUUGGGCGUCUCCCGAAACGGACCAGAUGUCCCGCUUACAUAUCGAUGCCAAAGUUUCCCCUGCUGUCUCGCGGGCGCAUCAGCGAAAUCCUACUGCCAGCAGCGAAAUUUCGACCAACUCCUCCAUGUCUUCAAAAUCCGGGAGAUAUGGAGGCAACAGCGGUCCCGAAAGCGAGGAAGUCGUCACUCCCAGCCAAAGUUUUGAGGGCAUGACAGACCGAGUCGAUGGAACUUUCAAAAUAGAUAUCUUGCAGCAGAUUGAAGAGGAUGAAAAUGAGGGAAGAGAAGUGUUUGGCUCAUCUUUGGAGAGGAAACACGUCGAAGAAAAGGACCGAGAAAACCGCCUGCCCCUUUCGGACUCGGCGUCUAUGCCCACUUCCCGUAUACUUGCCAUUGCUGAACAAAGUAUCCCUGCCAAUAAUUCUUCUCAAAACUUUACACAUCGCCGAUUAUCCAGCGAGAAGUCCUCCAACUACUCCCAACAUUCAGCGAGUGCCAUUGCUUCUGUGCGUCGUAAGAAAACUUGUCAAAAAUGUGGCACCGUGGUUGGUGGACCUAAACGAUUUGUUGAGCGCGAUGGUGUGGUCCUUUGCGAGCAAGAUUGGAAAAAGCUCUAUCUGCCUUCUUGCCGAAAGUGUAAACUUCCUAUCGAGAAGUCUGCAGUAUCUAGUUCAGACGGUCAAUUGAAAGGCAAAUGGCAUAGAGCGUGCUUCACCUGCACAAAGUGUGACAGGCCAUUUGAAGGCGAUGACUUCUACGUGUUGGGAGGAAAACCUUGGUGUCAAUACCAUUACCAUGAGGAAAAUGGUACUUUUUGCUCGUUACAUUCAUGCCGACAACCAAUCGAGGGUGCUUGUAUUGUUUUGGCGGGACGUAGCCCCCAGCGGUAUCAUCCUGGACACUUCAAAUGCGACCAUCGAGGUGGUGCAUCUGGUGCGCAAACGUGUCGAGAGUCGAUGGAUGAAUAUUAUGAAGUUGACGGGAACCGUUAUUGUGAAAGACACGUAGGCGAGGCUGUACGCCAGGGGGGAAGAAACGGUGCUAUAAAAGCUGAGAAGAGGUGGACCAGAUUGAUCGACCUGCCUGCUGCAUAGAUCCAAGGCUGCGUAGGAACGUUGUUGAAAUGGUUGUAUUACGGAUUAUCAAUCCUUAUGUCUUUCUACUUCUAUAUUUGGGAUUUUUUAGACUUCCUAUUUACACUUCUACAAUAUAUUGAUUCCCAUAAGGCUUUUAAUGUGAUGUUUCUUUUUGGUUUUACUGUUGCUGUUUUUAUGGAGUAGAUUUAUAGUUG